GAGUGUACAAAGUAUUCUCCGCAUCUUUCCUAUCUUCAAGUUGUUUCGUUGGGGUUGUCAGAUACCGUCAUCAUGAAGCUUUCUUCUUCCGUUAUCGCUGCCGCCCUCCUGCUGGUGCAAGCGCAGUCUUUUAUGCCUACACUGUCGACUGGUACCAAGUCUACCGCGUUCUUCGCCAAGGCGAACCCCUGGAAGGACCAGAACAUUGACGGCUACGAAGCGGACGUCGGUGGGCCCAAGGAAGGCCCCAAGAAGGUCCCGUGGAAGGAUCAGAGCGUGGACGGCUACGAAAUCGAUGUGGGUCUCAAGAAAGGCGAACCCGGACGCAAGGAAUCCGCACCCUACAACAAGGGCGACGAUACCCCCACCAGUUGGAGCGGUGAAAAGUCUCCCCGUACCGUCGCUCCCCGGGACAAACCCGCUGCCACGCCCUGGAAAGGACAGAACAUCGAUGGAUACGAAGCGGAUGUCGGUGGCAAGCAAGAAGGACCCAAGAAGGUCCCGUGGAAGGAUCAGAACAUUGACGGCUACGAGAAGGACGUCAAGAGCCGCAAGGAUUAAGUCAAAUCCGUUUGGCAUAUUCCUGUCUUCGCCGCCGUGACUGUGGGGUGGUGAUUGGCAAACAAGCUUUACCGCGAAUACCGAUACAUAGGGACUAUAAGAUUCUCUAUAAAACAUAGUGUACGAGACAACCCUUCUCUGUUGCACCGAGAUUGUCUUUGGGUAGAGUACGAAUGGUACAACUGACGAGCGAAAAUUCGAAGCAGCGUUCGAGUCCUAGUAUCUGUGUCCACUACAAGUGGCAAGAGACCGACUGGCGUAGAACCAUAGGUGGCUUUUAUAAUAUUAACCUCGGUACAAUGCAAGUGUC